GACCCCAAGGGCAAGGGUGGGGCGCCCCCACCUCCGCACAUCUGCUGGGACUCCAGAUUGUAGGGCAGGGCGGUGCUUCUCGGAAAGAGAAACCGGCGGGGCGGGGCAGGGCCGGGGGGAGUGGAGGAUUGGCAGGAGGGGAAGGAGGAAGCGCGGUCCCGCGACGCGACUCGACAGCAUGGAGGCUCCAGGACGGCCCGCCAUGGCUGCAGGAGGCCCCAGCGCGGGGUCUGCGCCCCACAUCCCCUCCGCGUCCUCCCUGCCUCUGGCUGCGCUCAACGUGCGAGUGCGGCGCCGCCUGUCGCUGUUCUUGAACGUGCGGACGCCGGUGGCAGCUGACUGGACCGCGCUGGCCGAGGAGAUGGACUUCGAGUACUUGGAGAUCCGGGGGCUGGAGACGCGCCCCGACCCCACCGGCAGCCUGCUGGACGAGUGGCAGGGACGCCCCGGCGCUUCCGUGGGCCGCCUGCUCGAGCUGCUCGCCAAGCUGGGCCGCGACGACGUGCUUGUGGAACUGGGGCCCAGCAUUGAGGAGGACUGCCAAAAGUAUAUCCUGAAGCAGCAGCAGCAGGAGUCUGAGAAGCCCUUACAGGUGGCCGCAGUAGACAGCAGCGUCCCACGGACGGCAGAGCUGGCAGGCAUCACCACGCUAGAUGACCCCCUGGGGCAAAUGCCCGAGCGUUUUGAUGCCUUCAUCUGCUACUGCCCCAGCGAUAUCCAGUUUGUGCAGGAGAUGAUCCGGCAGCUGGAGCAGACAAACUAUCGACUGAAGUUGUGUGUGUCUGACCGUGAUGUCCUGCCUGGCACCUGUGUCUGGUCCAUCGCCAGUGAACUCAUUGAGAAGAGGUGCCGCCGGAUGGUGGUGGUUGUCUCUGAUGAUUACUUGCAAAGCAAGGAAUGUGACUUCCAGACUAAGUUUGCGCUCAGCCUCUCUCCAGGUGCCCAUGAGAAGCGACUGAUCCCCAUCAAGUACAAGGCAAUGAAGAAAGAGUUCCCCAGCAUCCUACGGUUCAUCACUGUCUGUGACUAUACCAACCCCUGCACCAAGUCCUGGUUCUGGACUCGCCUCGCCAAGGCUCUGUCCCUGCCCUGAAGACUGCCCUGGGACCCUGGGUGUGCGUGCGUCUGUCUGCCUGUACAUGUACUUCUGCCCCUGCCUCCUCCUGCAGUUGUAGGGGAAUCCGUGCUCCACUUACCUCUCGAUUCCUGGAGAUGCCAACUCCACAGACACAUCUGCAGCCACUAUACAUAUCUGGACAUCACAUCUCAUGUCCUGCAUGGAACCAGUGGCUGCAAGUGUCAUGUCCACUUCCUGGGUUACCAGCCAGGACAGUGAAAACCAGAGCCAGCUGGGACUAAGAGGAGGACCAGCAGAGCCAGGUCUGACCUGUCCACACAUCUUAGGCCUCAGUUUCUCCACCUGAGAACUAAGUAGGGUGGGGAGAACAGGCAGUAGCUGUGUUCGAAUCACUGUAGGAAACGGUGAAGCAUUGUUCUGGGUCUCCUGAGGGAGAGAAAUCUUGGCUGAGAGAGAGCUGCCCACAGCACUGCCAGGGCAGCUGCUUCCACAAUGGUGCCUACUGAUACUUCAGGGCCUGGUUGCCCACCUCAUAUCCCACUUCCUCCGCCUGCCCCACAGGGCAGAUGGGGAAGCAGCCUGGCCCAAAACAUGGAGAUCCCACCUUGAGCCUGAUUCCCCAAUAGGUCUACCUCUUAUCUGCCUUUUUGACUUCUCCCAGCCUCUGCCCACCUUCAGUGUGACAAGUCCCCAAGAUACCAGCCUGAGUGUCUGGGGCUGCUUUUCACUUCCACCUUUUGAAAUACCUAUGGUCACGCUCUCAACUCUGCCCAGCAUGAGAAGGGAUCCCAACCUCCAGCAUAUCCAUCAAGUUUGGGUUCUGGGGCUGGGUCACCACGGCACUGUAAGCAGGAAACCUUCCUCCCUGGGCCACCCAGAGAGCUUUCCCACCAACCGUCUGUAUCUUGAUUGCCUUACAAAGUUGUUUGCUGGGACCAGUUUACAAACAGUGACCACACAACAGCCUCCUGCCCCAAAGCUUGUGGGCACAUGGACACCUACAAACUCACAGAGACACAUAUCUGCAUGCAUACAUACAUACACGCAGGCACCUUCAUGCACAUAUUUCCUUGGGUACAGCUUCCAGGAAUGGCUGGGUGGGACAGUCCCCCCAUCAAGGGGGCCUAAUCCUGGACAAAGAUGGGACACUCUUGUAUUCCUUUUCUCUUUUUCUUCAUUUAAACCAGACUCUGGAAAGGACCCAAUAUGCCAGCAUUUACACCUUCAGUGGAGCACAGUGCAAGAAGAGAGCUGCUUGAAUUCACACAGCAAGUUAGCUGCAGACACAGCUGUGUUUCCCUCCCCGGCGGAUUUGUACAUUAGUCACCCUCAAGCUCUCCUUUGAGAAGAAAAUGUCAUGGUCUCAGGUCUCUGUCCCAGGGGAGACCCAGACCCUAAAUCUAAUAGAAAAUGGGUGUCUUCUCUGCUCCACCGCUAGUGGUACCUUGGUGGGGGCAAGGUACCUUUCCUCAGGGUCUCGGAGGGACUGGAGGCCCCUCUCUGCAUGAUCUUGAUGAAGCACUUAGCUACUGUGUACCUAUCCCCACUUUGAUAUUGGGAAGUAUUUUAAAACAAUUUCAGGAAAGUAUCUUUCACACCUGUUUUGUAUGCAUUGUGAGAAUUUCAAAAAGAGCUGAGAAAUGCCUAUGUCAUUUCUCCUUCCAUAUCCUGGGUUAAUAAUAAAGAGUUCUCUACUUUGGGAA